AUGCCUCGAAUAUCCUUAGUCGGUGUUUGUCAUGGUUCAUCAAUCUAUUGGGUUGAUGAAGAUGGUAAAACGCGUACGGAGGAGACGUUAUACUUACACUUUAAUACGCAUAUCGUGAUGUGUUGUGCGGCGGAUCGGCAAUCCACAUGGAAAUUUCAAUCUUUCGAGCGAAAGAAGUUUCAAAAUAUUCAAUCUAGCUCGACGAUUUCCUUGAACUUCGAUGAGAAUUCCAAUCUACUCAAACUGCAUCUAACAAAAAUUCGGUUCUCCUCGGCUGGUAUUUAUGCCUGUAUAAGCAGUUCCGGCGAAGAGAAACGUCUGACUGUUCAUAUAUUAGCAGUGACAAAUGCCACAAACGAUGUGAUUAAACUCAAUCACUAUCGAGCGUUUAUUGCAAAAUUUCAAAUCCGAAUUGGCCACCCCCAAAAGACAACCACACCGACCGUGUCAUGCACGUUUCGGUUGGCAAAGCCGCGGUGGGAUACAGUUGAAGUUCGCUGGCGCGGAGGACUGUAUGCAACAAAUCCGAAACUGUAUAGUACUACAACCGAAAUCGAUCGAGUUCAGGGAAGUUUGGUGACGACAAUGUCGGUAGCCACACCAAUCCUCAAAGCUAAAAUCUAUGGCAAAUAUCAAUGCGAACUGCUAAUCAACCAGAAGGUGCGAAUAAGCAGCGAAGUGGAUUUGUUUAUCCCGCCAAUCUUAGCCGAACCCCGUAUGGAUAUGUAUCUAUCGCCCGGAGAAACACUGGAAUAUUUAUGUGAUGUUAUUGCUCAUCCACCGUUGACCAAACCGAUUCUAUGGGCUCGUUAUCAGCGACCGAUUGAUGUGGAUCAGACCGGAGCAGUUAAUGUCGAAGGAAUGAAAGAAAACAACCGUAUCACCAUAGACAGUGUGAAAUGGGUCAAUGAUCGACUGAAAAUAGUGCCGCUGUUUGAUGAAGAUGAUGCAACUUAUUCGUGUUUUGCACAGAAUGAGAGAGGAAAUGCAACCGGUGCGUUUAACCUUCGAGUGAAACGUGAGUUCGAUCAAUCAGAUAACCGUGUGAAAGUGUGA